AUGUUCGAUAUCUACAGGAGUUGUGCCGUGUGCCUAGUUCUUCCUGGUGGCCUGGGAAGACUGAUCGAUCCGACAGAGCGAUCAACAUGGGCUCAGCGAGCUUGGACGCUACAGGAAGCGAUUGCUCCACCAGUUGUGCUGGUUGUGUUUCAAUGGAAAUUUCCGGACUGGUACGGCGGUAGUAACUGCGAACCUUUAGAAUUCUCGGAUCAUGAGGAGGAUAGGAUUGAGAUCCGCUUUCGAAUGCAGACCAUUACAUGGGAUCAAGCAUAUCUUCUUUGGCUUACCUCAGAGGCAUCAAAGCCAAAUGACUUGGGUGAGGUUGACAGCGACAAACUACAAGUGGCUCUUAUCAUGGGACUGUUCGGCGUGAGCCUAGGUCCCAGCAAAUUUCAUCGGGAUGACCGGGUGGGAGCAACCCUGACCCUGGCCUCGGCUGCGCUGCAGAAAGGUAGUUCUGCUGCAUGGCUUGGGGCAUAUCUCGAGUUAAAUCCAUGUCCCUUCAUGUCUAGCUUUCCCUCAAUUCCAAACACUUCGGAAAGUGGAGGCUGCACUAUUCAAACAGCAACCGGUUUGACGAAUAUCGAAGAACUGGCAUUCCCCCUAGUUCGAAGCGAGGAAGGUUCAAGCUCAUCUGAGAAUCACAUAUCUGCUCAGAAUGGGGCAUGGGUCCUCGAUUCUUCGAAUAAAGGACAUAGUCGGUAUUAUGCAAUCACAAUCGGCAGAAGAGCAUGGAUUGUACCGGGUGCGGAGCCUUGCUUGAGAUUCGCAGAUCCCAUUGUGCUGAUUAUCGUUGAACGGCAUUCCGCGAAACCCGACUUAUUCCACAGAAUAUCCCAUGCUAGUGUCGCAGAGGGCUUUAUUGCAAACUGGGGGGAGUAUGAAUUUGCUAUUGGGGGUCCGAACAAGUUUGGCUCGUAA